AUGGCGUUAUCGAACUUGCUUUCGUCUCAGGAAUCGGCGAAGUCAGAUGCGCUCUUCGAAUGGAAAUUCCUCGUAUUCGCGGUAGUUCCACUUGUCAUAGCCUACUACCUACGGACCACCAAGGCCAAGACUUCCGAUCUCGCGCAAUAUUCUCACUUCCCACAACCUGAACCAGCAGAUCCUAUUCGGGGUCAUUGGGCAUGGGUUGAGAAGAUUGCGGGGGAAGGUGAUCCUCGACGCCAAUUCGAUGAGAUGCUGUAUGAACAGGCGGAAAAGCUUGGAUUCCCUCCAGUUCUCUUUGUCGACUUCCGCCCGAUCGAAAAGUUCCCAAUACUAUUUGUGCUGGACAACGAUGUUGCUGAGCAAGUCACCAAGCCGAACAAAGCCUUCAGGACUAGUAUGCCCAAGCACCCUGCUAUCCAGCAAUUAGCUCCUCUUGUUGGUGCAAGAUCUCUGGUCACCACUGAUGGAGAUGAAUGGAAUGCACUCUACAAGCGCAUACGCCCUGGCUUUCAACCCAGUCAUCUUCUUGGUCUAGUUGAUGUCAUCUUGGACAAAUCCGAGACCUUUAUCGAGCUCAUGGAACAGAAGGCCGCCUCCGGCGACACGUUCACACUCGGCCCAUACACGACAAAUUUAGUCUUUGACAUCAUUGGUAUUGUAACAUUCGACAUGGAUCUCAACGCGCAGAUUGAUGGAAAACAGUCCGAGGUCCUCCUUACCUACCGCGCCCUUUCUGAAGCGUUCAAUAAACGCCCCUUCGGAGGGGUAGGUUGGCGCGAUUACUUCUCUGCCAACGAACGCGAGAUCCGAUCAAAGGACAAGAAACUUGACAGCAUUCUCAAAGCCGAGAUUAGGAGACAGCACAAAGCUUUAGUGUCCGGCACCACCGAUACGAAGAUCAAGAACAAGAGUGUAGCGACUCUCAGCCUUCACGGUGUGGACAAGUUGACAUCUCAAAUCAUCCAGCAAACUAGCGAUACACUGCGCGGCUUCCUCUUCGCCGGUCACGACACUACUUCCAUCCUGCUCCAAUGGGCGUUCUACGAGCUACAUAUACAUCCAUCUGCUGCAAAGACCCUCAAGGAGGAGCUUGACUCUGUGUUCGGUCCAAACACCCACCCCUCUGCUGUCGUCAAGGCCUUACGGAGUUCGGAAGCUGGUGCUCUGCUGUAUAAGUUGCCUUACACAGACGCCGUGAUCAAGGAAACGCUACGCUUGCAUCCACCUGGCACAACUGCACGCAUGGCUCCAUCCUUAUCGAAUACCAUGCUCACUCUUCCCGACGGAAAUACACUCUGCGUCGACGGGCUGUGCGUGACACCGCGCGCGUACAUCAUCCAGCGUCAUCCCAAGACCUUCGGCGACACCCGCGACGACUUCAAUCCCGAGCGAUGGCUCGGUGAGGAAGGCAAGAAGAUUCCUGAAAGCAGUUUCAGGCCGUACGAACGCGGGCCUCGGCGAUGCACCGGGUCUGAACUGGCCAACCUAGAGACGAAGAUCAUCAUUGUGUGUGUAGCAAGGCACUUCGACCUUGUCAAGCAAGGGCUUGGUGAGCUGGAUUUGGACGAAAAGGGUGAGGUGCAGGUUGAUGAGAAGGGUAAGGCGAAGACAAAGGGAACCAUGUUCUCGACACAUCAGGUUACUGCAAAGCCAGUUGAUGGUAUGGAGAUCAAGGUGAGAAUCAAGAGAUUGGAUGAGGUGAUGGAUUAA